AAAAUUAUACAUAAUGAAACGUUUAGAAAUUCCGAAACCGAAAGAUCCAAUGGUUGUUCGGACGUUUGAUACAAUACCAAGUCCACCCGAGGGAGGUGUGGUUAUUAAGACUGCUUUCUGUGGUAUUUGUCACUCCGAUCUCCACUUUGUUGACGAUGAAUGGAUAAUAGGAAAUCAUGACAAAAUAACUUGCGAAGAAAUGAAUCCUCGGCUUCAAUAUCCUCUCGUACUGGGACACGAAAUAUCGGGCAUUGUUCACGCAAUUGACGGGGACGAAAAGGACGACCUCAAAGUGGGAGAUAGAGUAAUUGUUUAUCCUUGGCUUGCAUGUAAUAAUUGUGACUUCUGUGCUACUGAUUUUCCAAACUUUUGCUACGGCCCAUCCUACAGUAUUGGUUGCUCUGGAUCAAACGGCGGUUAUGCGCAGUAUGUCACAGUACCAAAGAAGAGUUUCGUAUUAAAGAUACCCGAUACAAUACCGUUAGAUAUUGCCUGCAUGUUGCCUUGUUCUACGUUAACCGGAUAUAAUGCUGUAACUAAAGUAAAAUCCACUAUCGAGAAGUUUAUCAAACUUCAAGGAGAGGCUACGUUGCUCAUCAUUGGCACUGGGGGAUUAGGAUUAUGGUGCCUGCAAACAGCCAGGGCGUCUCUGCCGAAAGGCACUCGCAUCAUAUGUGCGGAUAUAAAUCAAUCGAAGCUGGACAAUGCCAUCGCGCAUGGUGCUGAUGAUUGUGUGCUGUGGGAUAGAUCCCUUAGCAAAGACGAUAUUAUUAAAUUAACAAAAGAAAAGGGAAACAAUGGAUCGAUUCAUGGUGUAAUUGAUUUUGUCAACUCAAGCACCACGGCUUCACAAGCUAUGGAAUGUCUUUGCAAGGGAGGUGCCAUCGCGUUGGUCGGAUUAUUUGGAGGAACAGUGGAAUUAUCAUUGCCGUUGUUUGCAUUUUCGCUUCAUGAAAUAUACGGAAUAGCUAUCGGAUCUAUUAAUCAACUGAGAGAAUUGAUUGAUUUGGUAGCAAAUACAAAGCUCAUUCCACCAGACAUUACGCAUGUUUCGCUUGAAGAAGCCCCGGAUAGUUUAAUAAAAUUGAAGAAAGGACAAAUCGCAGGAAGAUCUCUAAUAAAAUUUUAAACGAAGUGGAUAUUAUUGAAUAAGCAAUUUGGGAAAUGCGAACUGUAGCUAUAUAGUAUAACUGAAUGAUAAUUAUUUUUUCUUGGUGGCCUACACCAGAAUGCACUUGCUUAGUGACCAAAGUGAACCGCUGGUGGUCACAUUUAUCCAAAUGAUUAUGAUACACACUUUGUACCUGAUAUCUUUUUAUUAUAUAAAAUCACCUUCGAGUUAAACAAUUAGAAUAAAAUUUUGAUUUGAUUACAUCCUCAUUUUGCGAAAAUUGUAAAUGGGGCCGCUGCUAUGCUUACACUCAGUUAACAAGGAACGCAAGCUUUA